AUGAUUGUUACAUUUUCUCAGAUGAAUUAUUCCGAUGAAGAAAAAGAGACUUUCCGUGUUCAGGAGGAGACAGUCGUUAUAACUCCAAGUAAGCCGGUGGUUGCCACAAGCAUGGUCAGGUCUCAGAAGAUACGAUGGACAGCGACCAUUGGAGCAACCUUACUUUUUUCACCGCUCAUUUAUUUUGGAACGCCGUUCAGAUGCGUUUAUUGCAUACUUCUGAUCAGCUGUUUCUGGAUAAUGGACGUUGUUCCAAUAGGAAUAACAUCGUUGUUGCCUAUUUUUCUCUUUCCAGUUUUGGGCAUAAGCUCUGCCAAAGAAAUAUGUAAAGUGUAUUUUAAGGACUCAAUAGUUCUCUUUAUUUGCACUUUAACCAUGGCAUUAGCUGUAGAGGAGACACAUUUACACAGACGGAUAGCUUUAAAACUAUUAUGCAAAGUGGGAACGAGAAAAGAAACAAUGCUUCUAGGGUUUCUUGUCACUACCUCUUUGCUAUCAUUCUUUGUUUCCGACACUGCAUGUACAGCGUUGAUGAUUCCGAUUGCAUUGGCUAUUAUUCGGGCCAUUGCAGAAGCAUCAGGAACUGGGGAGAAAUCCGUAAAAGCCUAUGAAUCCAACGAGGAGCUUAUACCCUUAGAAAAAUUAACACCAACUCAACGAGGUCUUUGCAAGGUGGAGUAUUCGUAUGCGGGAUCAACCUACGACAAGAACGAAAUUAGUGUCUCUUUCGUCCAAUGGAUGACUUUCGCCGUACCGCCAGUGAUUUUCUAUCUCCUUGCAUCGUAUGUUGUCAUCACGUGUUCGUUUAUGGGCCCAAAACAGUUGUUUCAACUGUGUCAUCAUCCUACAAAGGAUGAGCAGCGGAUUUCCGAAGCUAUAGAGAAGAAAAUUCUAGCCGCUUAUAAACAGCUUGGUGAUUUUACCUUCGCCGAGAAAUCCAUUCUUGUCUGGUUUUUCAUACUUAUGGCUUCUUGGAUAUUACGUAAGCCCGGCUUCAUUUAUGGUUGGGGAGAUCUUUUUCCAAACGGAGGAGGAUUUUUAAGCGAUUCAGUGCCAGCUGUAUUAAUUGUUUUCAUACUUUUUAUGUGGCCGAGGGAUCCAUUCUCAAAUGAUCUGACACCAAUUCUAAAUUGGUCUGUCAUGAAAAGUAAAUUUUCUUGGUCAUGUCUUUUACUAAUUGGUGGUGGGUAUGCUAUAUCGGAAGGAGUUGGGAAGUCGGGACUUUCCUUGCUGAUUUCUUGCAUAAUGAAAGACAUAUUUGGACGUCUUCCUAAGCUGUUUUUACUUAUUUCUGUGAUGGCUUCAAUCACUUUCAUGACAGAGUUUGCAAGUAACGUUUCAACGGGGAGCAUUUUUAUUCCAAUCGUGCUGAGCACUGCUGAAUCCCUUCACAUCCAUCCACUCUAUCUCGCGCUACCCGUUGCCGUGUCUUGCUCGUUCGCCUUCAUGCUGCCGAUGGCUACACCUCCAAACGCUGUUGUGUAUGACACAAAGCUGAUUACCAUGCUUGAAAUGGCAUCAACUGGAAUCCUACUGAAUAUUUGCUGUUCAUUGAUUACUGCUCUCAAUAUUAACACUUGGACGUACUGGUUAUUCGAUCUCGGAACGUUCCCGAAUCUUACGAAACAUCAUAACGGAACGAUUAAUUGCUAG